UCCGCCCUCCCGCUCCCCCGAGCCGGGGGAUCGGGGCCGCCAUGGCGGUCCACGGCGCGCAGUACAUCUUUGGGGAAUUCAGCCCCGAUGAAUUUAAUCAGUUCUUUGUGACUCCUCGUUGCUCGGUUGAGCUGCCUCCCUACAAUGAAACCAUUUCAUGUGGCCUUCGGUCCACAGGAGAGCUCCAUGAUGGUAAGAAGCCAUUCCUCCUUCACAACUGUUUUCCCAAUCCUUUUGAAGCCCAAUGCAUUGCAGGGGACGAGUAUCAGAGAAUCGAAUUUGGUGUUAAUGAAGUUAUUGAGACAGAUUCAUCUGUGCUGAAUAACAGUGACUACAGUAUUUCAAGUACGCUGAAUCCUCAGGCACCAGAAUUCAUUCUCGGUUGUGCAUCUACCCAGAAAGUACCCAGUGAUGUACUCAGUGAAGCCAACUAUAACUCCAUUGACUGCCAGUUUACUGAUCCUGUUCUCGCUUUGGAUAACAGUUCUAAUGCCGAAAAUGAUAAUUUACCUGGGAGCCUUGGGCAAAGGGAGCGCAAAAAGAAGAAGAAACGACCUCCUGGAUAUUACAGUUACUUGGACGAUGUCAGUGAUGGCAUCGUGCCUGCUGAGGCGUUGGUAAAUGGACAUGCAAAUUCAACAGGACUUAAUAGUAUAAGCACAGACGAUGUAGAACUUUCAGGUGAUGUGUCGUCAGCCACUCCAAGGACUUGUAACAGCCCUGAAAAUUCUGUGGACUUCGCUAAUGAAGCUGCGUCUGACGAGUCUGUUUCUAGCCUGCUAGAUGCUGCUAGGACUGCAGGGCAGCCUGAAGUAGGCAGUAUCACUAAUUUGGAACAGUCUUGUACCCUGUCCGAGCCUGGGAGAGACGGCCCAUUAAGGACAGCUGUUGUGCAGCCUUAUGCUGGUACUGAUACUACUGAAAACCUGGGUGUUGCUAAUGGACUAUUGCACACUGUGGAAAGCACUGACUCUGACCAAGCUAAGCCCGAGGAUGCUUCAUCUACUGCUGAGGCAGCCGCCCCCGUUUCAGGAUCAAUCACAGUUAGUCAGCCUGCAAAAUCAUGGGCAAGUCUAUUUCACAAUUCCAAGCCCUCUGUUUCCACGCCUAUGGCUUAUGUGGAGACUAAGUAUACCCCUCCUGCCACAUCUCCCGUGGUCCCUGAGAAACAGGUUGAAGUCAAAGAGGGCCCUGUUCCAGUUUCUGAGGAUCCUGUAGCCAUAAAGAUUGCAGAAUUACUGGAAAAUGUAAAACUAAUACAUAAACCAGUAUCCUUGCAGCCACGAGGACUGAUCAAUAAAGGAAACUGGUGUUAUAUCAACGCUACACUGCAAGCUUUGGUUGCUUGCCCUCCUAUGUAUCACCUAAUGAAGUCCAUUCCAAUGUAUUCGAAGUCACAGCGGCCGUGUACGUCAACACCAAUGAUAGACAGUUUUGUCCGCCUAAUGAAUGAGUUCACAAAUAUGCCUGUCCCUCCUAAAGCAAAACAAGCUCUAGGUGAUAAAAUUGCAAGAGACAUCAGGCCUGGGGCUGCCUUUGAACCCACGUACAUUUAUAGAUUGCUGACGGUUAUCAAGUCAAGUCUGUCAGAAAAGGGCAGACAAGAAGAUGCUGAAGAGUAUCUGGGAUUUAUUCUGAAUGGGCUGCAUGAGGAAAUGCUGAUUCUGAAGAAAUUACUAUCUCCGCAUAGCGAAAAACUCGUGGUUCCCAAUGGUCCAGAGGCUCAGCCUGUGAAUGAAGAGGAGGAACAGGAAGAACCAGCGGAAGGCAGUGAAGAUGAGUGGGAACAAGUUGGACCACGCAACAAAUCCUCUGUCACUCGACAGACAGAUUUUGUCCAGACGCCAAUCACAGAUAUUUUCGGUGGCCACAUAAGAUCUGUGGUUUACCAACAGAGUUCAAAGGAGUCGGCAACUCUGCAGCCGUUUUUCACUCUGCAACUGGACAUCCAGUCUGAUAAGAUACGCACGGUUCAGGAUGCGCUGGAAAGCUUGGUGGCAAGAGAGUCUGUCCAGGGUUAUACCACAAAAACGAAGCAGGAGGUGGAAAUCAGCCGAAGAGUGACUCUCGAGGAGCUCCCUCCGGUCCUUGUUCUGCACCUCAAACGUUUUGUCUACGAAAAAACAGGAGGGUGUCAGAAGCUAAUUAAAAAUAUCGAGUAUCCCGUUGACCUGGAAAUAAGUAAAGAGCUGCUGUCUCCAGGUGUCAAAAGUAAGAUUUUUAAAGGCCAAAGAACCUACCGGCUCUUUGCAGUUGUCUAUCAUCAUGGAAACAGUGCGACUGGUGGGCACUACACCACAGACGUCUUCCAGAUCGGUCUCAACGGCUGGUUGCGCAUAGAUGACCAGGCCGUCAAAGUGAUUGCCCAGUACCAGGUGUUGAAGCCGUCUGCCGAGCGCACAGCCUACCUCCUGUACUACCGCCGAGUUGACCUGCUUUGAAACGCCCUGUCUUUCUGCUGUGUUUGCCAGAUUACCUGCUUUCUAGAACGCCAACUCUCUCUAACUCCCCCCUCCCCGCCUUUCAGCGCUCUUCCGAGUGACUCCUUUCCCCCUCUCUCCCUCUCCUUCCACAACUGUGGGGUAGAGCGAAAGGGAAGACUUCCUUUCUGGGUUUUGUGAACCGCCUAUUUGGUGUUGGCUUUCUGACUUUGCCGAAUGAAGUCUUUUAGGUUUGAAAGACUCAGUCUCACAAAUCACACACAGAGUAUUUUUUGUGCUAAUGCUGAAUCCUAAGAGAUUAAAACGGGGGAUUUGCAACUGAUUCCCACUUUCUAAUUGCAUAGUAGAAACAGCUCUGCACCAGCAACAGAACUUGUAGAUUUCUGUGAAAAUGUUUUAUCUUUACUUAAAUUAAAAAAACUAAAAAAAAGGUCCUCUCUAUGUCCUCCCCUACUAGGUUUUUUGUUUUUUGUUUUGUUUUUUUUGAUAAAUGGUAAAAAAAAAAAAUGAGCCAGUGUCUAUCAAGGAAAAAGUGGUCCUCAUUUAAAAGAAUUACCCUACAGAAAAGUAUAAUAUACAGAAUUGCUGGUUCCUGAUAGGGAAAAAUACACAUUUUACUAAUUGUGUGAUGAGAAACUGCUUUAAGUACACAUUGCAGCUCAAGAUACUUGGAGUUAAAAUGUUAGUCUAUAUAGAUGGGUGAUUGUAACUUUAUUGCUAUUAAGAGAUUUCAAAACUGCAUUUAUGCUUCUGUGUACAUGGGAUUUUAAAACAAAAAUGGGCAAAAUAAUGAAGGUUGAUAUUUCUUUCAGUCUGCUUUGUUUAAUUUUGCUGUCUGCUCUCCUAUAAUGUUGAGUUCCUAAGUGUACACAGUCUAGUGAUAUCUAGGAGUAUAAAGUCGUCGCCCAUCAAUAAAAAAAGAAGUCACAAA